AUGGAAGGCUGUGGAAGGAUGACGCAAUGUUUUGGCGCCGCGGGUCAAACUACAGUCGGGGGUCAAACGGCGCCUCUCGACCCAAGCAAGACAACACUCGGGACCAGCGGCGGUAUGGGGCGCCGAGGACAAUGGAACGAGCGUGCGGGCUUGGUAGAGUGGCGAGGCAACUCGUCCCUCGAUCUGGGGACUCGGGUUCGAAUCCCAGCCAAGCAUUUGCCUCCCAACUUGCAGAGACUCUUGGAGUACAGCGCCGGGUGUGGACGUCACCAACGAUCGAUCUGGUGGCGUCCGUUUCCUGGCGCGCUUCUUCAAGAAUUUAUGUUCUUUGGUGGCAAAGGGGCUCGUACACCCCGAAAAACUUUCUUUUUCGAGCAACUGCAAGUUUGGCCUCGAAGUGAUGCCUCGUUCGGAGUGACUCCGGGAUUUCAACUCGGGAAAACCUUGCAAAAUAUCGCUAUUUCACAAGUUUGCCGAGUGGAAACCACGAAGUCACUCUGA